AUGCGAGCGCGCGGCGAUGGUUUGGGACGAAAAAGUGAAGGAAACUGUCUGACAUUAAUCAUCUUAGCCGUUUGCUUACAUCAUGCAGAUCAUCAUGAGUUGUCAUGCAAAUACGCUCCUGUUCUCCGUGGAUUCGGCGAAAAGGAGCCGUUGAAUCGGUUUGGAGCGCUUCUUUCGGUGCGUAUCAACAAGGCGACAUGUGGCAUUUACAGCAGAAUUUGCACAUGUUGUGAGCAGUUUAGCGUAGUUAUAGUGGAAACUAUCGUUAACCUUGUGCAGAAGUUCCGACAAACCCUCACUUUAGGAUUUUCUGCAGUCCGUUCGUCAGGAUAG